AUAUAUUCUAUAUAUACAAGGACUCCGCGGACCUGUCGCUGGCCCCUGCCUGUCAACUUCCCCAACUUCUUGUACAUCUCGACGUCGGCCAAGACUUCGUGCGCCGCACACCCUGCUCGUCAGCGUCGCCCCGUUCUGUGACCAUGUCCGAUGCGACCAUGAACGAUGACUCCGCGGACCUGUCGCUGGCCCCUGCCUGUCAACUUCCCCAACUUCUUGUACAUCUCGACGUCGGCCAAGACUUCGUGCGCCGCACACCCUGCUCGUCAGCGUCGCCCCGUUCUGUGACCAUGUCCGAUGCGACCAUGAACGAUACUUUACCAGACGACGCUCUACUGGCUGUGCUGGGUCACCUGCCCACGAGGGAACUCUUCACUGCCCGCGUGGUGUGUCGCCGUUUCCGGGACCUCUGCCUGCACCGGCAGUUGUGGAAAACCCGGAGUCUGCACACCGAUGAUUUUGGCACGGCCCGUUUUGGCUUGCUGCGAGCUGUGCUGUGUCUCGCCCCGUGCCUUCACCAACUGACUCUCUCCCCCGAGCAGUGUACUAGGCUGGCCCCUGUGGUGCCCGGCAUCUCGUGCUCGGUCUCUGCGCUCGACAUCAACUCAGUGUUCGGUGGAGAGGGAGACGCAGUAACGCGCGACAAUGUACAGGGCUUCAUCGCCAUUGUGCAGGGACUUUCUUCUCUGGGUGGCUUGACGGAGCUGGGCCUCUCUCUUGCGCUUGGUGGAGCCUCAUCGCCAUUAGUGGAAGCUCUCCUGAAGGCAAUCUACACCAUCGACGGUCUCCAGACCCUUUUCAUCAGCGGUGAAAGUCAACUUACAGCUGACAUACCUGUCGGUUUGGAAGUCAAACCUUCAUUGAAAAAAAUCAACUACAGAUCGUGGGGCGUUGACACUUAUGAGAAGGUCCCCUUCAUCGGGUCGCUGCUGAAGGCCCACGCGUCUACUCUGGAGGAAGUGAUUGUUGAGCUGGUUGAUGUUCCCCUGUCUCCACUGCAAGGGAGCAAAAAGCUGCGGUCCUUGACCAUCUUCCCACAUGAAGAACUGCCACUGCUCGUGGAUUGCCCCAACCUCUCCACCAUUGAGAUCGUGUAUGCGGACAGCUGGGACUACCCUGCAGGAACGAUCGAGUUCUUCCGACGGGCCGUCAGUCUCCGGUCAGUGACGUUUUCUUGUCCGGAGAAUGAUGCCACGGCCCCACUCCUGGCGCUGGCUGGUUCCAAGGCGGCACGAGGGGUUGAGGUUCUCGAUGUCUGGGCUACUUCGCCUGACGUCAUCACUCUGCUGGGGAUCAGCCUCCACAAAUUCCCUUCCCUGCGGAGACUCACCUUCCAAGGCAAAGUGACAGACGACUUCCUGCGCGCAGUGGACCCCGCAGUGACGCCCAACCUCGCUUGGCUGACGGUCGAAGAGCGCCACGACGGGUCGCCGUGCGCGCACUCCUGGCUGCACGGGCCCGCCAUCCAGGACCUCUUCGCCAGGAACCCGCGCCUGGGACUCUUCAUCCACGACUGGGAGGGGAACCUCCCUGGCUGUUCCUGCAGGUGGUGCUCCUGGGGCUGCCACAGUAAUCUCGAUGAGCCAAAGCAAGGGUUCUCUGCUAAAUCGUUUUGAAAUGAAAUGGCUGCUCGAGUCCGCGGCCACCUGCUUUCAGGUGCCUGUUCACCCGAACACGUUGCCUUUCUCCUUUUUUUUUUUUUGAAAAGCUUUGUUGAUAUGUAAUUGUUCGUGCCAAGCUAUCCGUUCUGAUAUUUACAUGCAGGAAUUGCACCGUGUUGAGGUUUUUUCGUGUUCUUUGUUUACUUUCUU